CUUUCGCCAACCAUGGUUUCGCAAGUGCUGAACGGAAGCACAGAUGCAGAGGCAGGAUCAACCUCUCGGCAUAACCACAUCGGCUCGUCGACCGGUUUGCGCGGCUCCUCGAUCGCCACACGCAGCACGCCAGACUUUCUCGUCUUGGUGCUGGAUUGCAACCUGUUCGGCUGGGCAUCUGCAGCAAAUGCGAGCAAACACAGUACUGCCACACAGCAGAAUGGCAACGGCGAGCGUCAUUCGAACCUGGAUAUCGGCAAAGGGGAAGGAGCAGCGGCGGAGCUGGAGAAGGUGCUGAAGGAUGUGCUCAUCUUUCUGAAUGCGCACAUGGCGCUGCAAUACGACAAUGGUGUUGCUGUAUAUGCUGCAUCAGGAGCAAAAGCGAGACUUCUCUUCUCAAGCGCACCCCAUUCGUCUUCGGCAGCUUCGACGGCGCUCGAAGAUGAGGAAGGACCGGAUGCGAAUACAUUCCAGGAGUUCAAGGCGCUUGACUCGCGAGUCUACUCCGGCAUCAAAACACUCAUGCAAGAAACCGCCGAGGAGAUGGAGGAUGGCUUGCUGAGAGACAGAGGAACACGCAUGGACGACGGCGAUCGAAGGGAUCGACGGCGGUCAGCUAUGAGCUCAACCGGUAUCGUGGCAGCUUUAUCACAAGCUCUCUGCCACGUCCACCGUCUCUCUCUUUUCUCGUACGCCGUCUCGGCGCCAGGCGCGUCUGCGACGACGCUUUCCAUGAAUUCCAAUCCAGGUGGCAAUGCUCGCUCAAGCGAGAGCACACUGAGCGCCUUUCGUAGCCGGAUCCUGGUACUCUCAGUGACACCAGACGCGAGCACGCAGUAUGUCUCGAUGAUGAACUGCAUAUUCGGAGCGCAAAAGGCGAUGGUGUCGAUCAAUGUGUGCAAGCUACACGGAGGGGACUCUGUUUUCUUGCAGCAAGCGGCUUUCCUCACGCAUGGGAGCUAUCUCCGCGUAGAAAGCAGAAAGGGUAUCCUGCAAGUGUUGAUGUCGACCUUCCUCGCAAGUACAUCGGUCUCGAAGAUGAUGAACCUGCCCAAUGAGGACGAGGUAGAUUUCCGUGCAGCCUGCUUUUGCCAUCGCAAGAUCGUCGAUGUGGGCUACGUCUGCAGCGUGUGUCUGAGCAUUUUCUGCGAGCCGCUGCCGGCAUGCACGACAUGCAAAUCGCGCUUUCCUCGUCGGACGCUGGAGCGCUUCCGGUCCGAACACAAGCUGCUAGAGAUUAUUGGCGUUACACCCGAUCGCUCUUGAAGUGAUGCUCCGCGGGUAUUUGUUCGUAUUCAUCCGUUCGUACAUACUCGCUCGCGCGCACAUGUAGCAUAGUUCUCUGUUCAAAAGCUGCCACCC